AUGUCCGCGGAUGCGCUGUAUCGGCAGGUACAGGCCGAUAGGUUGCAGCGGUACGAGGAUGCCAUCACCACCGGCGUUUACAGGCCAUAUAUUUGGCCAUGGGAUACAUUGCCAGCGUUAUGGCUCUUCUUGGGCUUGCUUAUACUCCCACGACUGCCUGGUAAAACUGCUCGAAUCGUCCGAAUUCCAUUACUUGCCUUGAUCUUCGGCCAAGGCGCAUGGACAUGUAUGAGGGCUAGGAGCAUUCAGAUGGCUGGAGGCUACGGCAUUGGACUCACUGAUGACUGGGGUUUCAUUAUGACUGCAGCAUUGCUGUGCUUUUCCGAUCUCAAGCAGGAUUUUCAGCGCCUGGAAGCUCGUCCCAUUGGCGGCAGUGCACCCGUCGAAGAUCAUACUGGCUCUGCGCAAUCGACCGCCACCGAAGCGAAUGGCUCUUUGACCGAACGAACGGAUUCUCGAAUGGAACAGAAACCCUCGAGCACAUUAGGCCAAGUGGAUGAGUCCAGAGCACACCCGUACACUGUGGACUGGCAAAGCUAUCCAAGUGACAUCAAGCACUGCGUGUUGUGGAUCACGGAUCUCCUCAUCUCCUUCCGCGGCGUCAAUUGGAACUAUAGACUGGUCAAUUUCCAUCCUUUCCACUCCGCGCCCCAGAAUCCUUUCGAGGCCGAGCGCCCGGACCACAAGUCGAGGACAGCAGAAAAGACAGCCCCACCGUCUAUCAACGACAUUCAGCGCAAAGCCCGCCGUUCCGCUAUUCUGCUCUACCUCGGCCUCGACCUAGCCAAAACGCUUGUCAUCCACGAUCCAUAUUACUUCGGACUAGCGCCCAUCGACUCACCUCACCCCUUAUGGCUCCUGCAAUCUCACCCAUUCCUCACCCGCCUCUGUCGUCUCUUGCUAAGCCUGUACUCCAUCAUCGUGGCGCUCUCUUGCAUCUUCAACCUCUCCCCCCUGCUCUUUCCCCUCCUCCCUGAUUUCUCCACCCAAACCGGCCACCCCAUAUCCCACCCAUCCAUGUACCCGCCCCUCUGGUCCCCCACGCCCAUCACCGACCUCCUCCGGGGCGGCCUCCCCGCCUUCUGGGGCAAGAUCUGGCACCAAAUGUUCCGCUUCGGCAUCAGCCAGCCCUCCGCCUACCUCAUCCGUCGCUACCACCUCAAUCCACGCUCCCAGAGUGGCCGCGCACUCCAGCUCCUGAUCGCCUUCGGCCUCACAGCGAGCAUCCACGCCAUGGCCGCCGCGACGUCGUUCCCACCCAACCCACUGAACCCGCCGCGGCCCAUCACUGGCUCCGGCCUCUUCUUCGUCCUGCAGGCUCUGGGCAUGCUGGCGCAGACGGCGUUUGCAGAGGCCGUGGGCAGCAAGAAGCGGUGGCCCGUGGGGGCGCGAAAGGCGGGGAACGCGGCGUUUGUGGUGGUGUGGUUGUGGUACACUGGGCCAAUACUGUCGGAUGAUUUCGCGCGGACGGGGGUGUGGAUGUUUGAGCCCCUGCCGAUCAGCUUGUUUAGGGGCCUGGCGGGCGAGGGGUGGUGGUGCUGGGGUGGGCGGUGGGCGGGGCUGGUGUGGGAUGGACCGUGGUAUAGGAGGGGAAUUGCGCUGUAUUAG